AUGUUGGGCAGCCUAGCUCGACUUGGUUUAGCCUCAUUGAAUACAUACCCUAAUACCCCAUUUAAUGGUAUCGUUUGGGCUCAAGUCAUUGGAUGUAUAAUAAUGGGUUUUGCACAGACGGAAACCGUCUUUUUUCCUCGACCCAAACACAAUGCAGCACUGCUACUAGCAAUCACAACAGGAUUUUGUGGUUCUUUGACUACUUUUUCUUCAUGGAUGUUGGAGAUGUUUACGGCUAUGGCUAAUCUGGGACCUUUUAUACCUAGAGGACGAGGAGACUCGUUUUUGGCCGUUGUUUCCACGUUUACGUUAACAAUAUCAAUGGCAUUUUCUGGGUUAUUAUUUGGAAAACAAUUGGGAAGGUCAACAACGUAUUGGAAGAUUGGCGAGUUUUCAUUUGCUCGAGCAAUCCCAAUGAACACUCACUUAUUCGUAAGAGGGAUAAUCUUUCUCUUGGCGGUUGGUUUUUUUUUGGGGAGCUCUCUUUACACGGCUUACACAAAAGAUAUUACACAUCGAGGUAUUGGUUUUAGCUUAAUUUUUUCGCCGUUUGGUGCAGUCUUGCGGCUGUACCUUUCUCGCUGGUUUAACUCUCCAAAAUACUAUAUGCCAUAUGGAACACUGAUUGCAAAUUUAUUGGGUACUCUAAUCAUUGCUAUUAUGUAUAUGCUUCCUCUUAUCACACACUGCAGCCCGGUUUCCAGAAGUGUCAUCUACGGAAUUCAAAAUGGAUUUUGUGGUUGCUUAACCACUUUAUCUACAUUUUUGAAUGAACUUCAUACUAUGCCAACGAAAAGGGCAUAUAGUUACUGUAUUUUAAGUGUUGCCGUUGGAUUUUCAUUUUGUGUCAUUAUAGAUGGCGCUACUGCUUGGGGACAUGGCUACAAUAUGCAGUCUUGA